AUGAUGCGAGAUGUCCAAGUCGGCCGUGAGGUGCAGAAUCGGAGAGCUAUGGGAUGCGAAGUGCUGGUUCCCCGUGUGACUUGGGGCACUGGGUACCCCGAGCACAUCCAUUUCCCGUUUCGACAACAUCGUGAGAUUCUAUCCGUCAGGUGCACUCAAGGUUACGGUGGGGUGACUGCAUCUGAGAGACGAUCUUUGUUGGAGGCUUCAACGUCAGCCAGCAGGAUUUUGCCCUGCGCAUCUUCGAUAGCGGAUGUGGGGGUCGCCAAUCUUGCCCGUACAAGGCGACGAGAGGCGUGGCCUGUUGGAGAUGACGGGCAAUGGCCUCGGUCGAGACUGGCAGCUGAAGAUGAUGGAUGUGAGAAAACCCCCAUGUAUCACUACGAUGGAGUCCAGCGAACAGGUCUUGGCUCCUUGGGUGUCUUGCAGGUGGACGAGAUGGUUGCCAAAGCCACAGUUGGUGACGAUGGUGUUUUCGAGGCGGUCUACUGGCGUAUCGUUGCUAGCCUAGGCUGUGUCUUAGUUGCAUUGACGAUGAAGGACGGUCGAUAUUCGAUAUGA